AUGAAGAUCUCCGGAGUCGCUUCCAUCGCUACAGCUGCGCUUGGCGGUGCUGCUUUCCUAGCUACAUCCGUUGCAGCAGCAGAUCUCCCACCUAUCGUUAUCAAGGGAUCCCAUUUUUUCUACGAAAACGGUACAGAGUUCUUCAUUCGGGGUAUCGCCUAUCAGCAAGAUGUUUCGUCGAACGGGACAACUUCCGGCUCAUCCACAUUUACCGACCCAUUGGCGGAUGAAGCUGGGUGUAGACGUGAUAUACCCUUACUCCAACAACUUGGCACCAAUGUUAUUCGUGUGUACGCCAUCAAUGCUUCUUUGGAUCACUCGGUCUGCAUGGGCUUGCUACAAGAUGCUGGUAUCUACCUCAUCCAGGAUCUCUCGAACCCUUCAUUCUCUAUCAACCGGAACGAUCCCACCUGGACAACUGAAUUGUUCGCCAGUUACGCUGGUGUCAUUGACGCCGUCGCCAAUUACACAAAUGUUCUGGGGUUCUUUGCUGGUAACGAGGUAUCGAAUGAGGUCAACAAUACCAACGCUAGUGCUUUUGUUAAGGCCGCUGUCCGGGACAUGAAGGCGUACAUCAAGACCAAGAACUACCGAAAAAUUGGUGUAGGCUAUGCUACAAAUGAUGAUCCUGCUAUUCGUAUUGAUCUUGCUCACUAUUUCAACUGCGGCGAUGUUGAUGAGGCUAUUGACUUUUGGGGCUACAAUAUUUACUCGUGGUGCGGCGAUUCAUCAUUUACGGAAUCCGGCUAUGAUCAGAGAACUCUCGAGUUCAAGAACUACUCUGUUCCCGCCUUCUUCGCUGAGUAUGGUUGCAACACUGUCCAACCCCGUAAAUUCACCGAAGUUGGGGCAAUCUAUGGCAAGAACAUGACCAGUGUCUGGUCAGGUGGAAUCAUGUAUAUGUACUUCCAGGAAGCUAACGAUUAUGGGCUCGUUUCCGUCUCGGGCAGCACUGUCUCCAAAUUGCCCGAUUUUGCUGCUCUGUCUAGCCAACUGGCCAGGAUCACCCCCAGCAACACACCUUUGGCCAAUUAUGUCGUCACAAACACUGCUGCUCAAUCUUGCCCAACUGUUGGAACUGACUGGGCUGCUUCCGACGCUCUUCCUCCAAUUGCCAACGCAGACCUCUGUAACUGCAUGGUAUCGUCGCUAUCAUGUGUUGCGAACACUGGACUGUCGGGAAACAAGACCGCGGAGCUGUUCAGUACCGUCUGUGGCUUGGAUGAAACUUCAUGCAACGGAAUUACCGCAAAUGCUACCACAGGUAUUUAUGGUGCAUACUCCAUGUGCACCGGGUACCAAAAGCUGUCAUUUGCUUUUGACCAGUACUAUCAGAGCCAAAAGAAAGCAUCAACAGCCUGCGCUUUCGGCGGGAAUGCCAAGGUACAGACUGGAUCUACCAGCACUAAGUGCAAGGGUCUUAUUUCACAGGCAGGGAGUGCUGGAACUGGCACUGUCACAACAGCCCCCACGGGAACUGGCUCGACAGGUAGCUCGUCUGGAUCCUGGUCAACAACGACUAAAAGCGCGGCAGGUGCAACAAUAAUCCCUCGAUUCAAUAUCGGCUUUUUGCAGAUGGGAAUUUACAUCUUUGUUGCUGGAAUGGCGGGUGCUGGCAUGGUUCUGCUGUAG